ACUAUUUUCUUAUCUAUUUCAUCUAUCAGAACUGGUAUGUCGGAUGGGAGAUGGAGCAUCCUACCGAGGAACAGUCUCUGUGACUGAAACAGGUAAGACCUGUCAACGCUGGGACAGUCAGACACCACAUGGACACGAGUACACUACUGCAAAAUACCCGUCAUCCGGGCUGGAGGAGAACUACUGCCGGAAGACUGAAGGCUGGACCGAAGUUUGGUGCUUCACCACGGAUCCCAGCACGAGAUAUGAGAUUUGUGACGUACCUGUAUGUGUUGUCGGACACAAGCGGCAAGGGUGUAAGGGAGGCUACAUACGACUCGGGCGACACUGUAUCCGACUGGUUCCCAUCCCAAAGUCAUUCGUGGACGCAGAGCAGGCCUGUAAGGCGGAUGGGGCGACUCUGGCCAUGCCUAAAACAAAAGAACUGGACCUCGCUCUGAGACGCCUGGUCAAAACAUCCGGAGGCAACUACGAUCACUGGAUUGGCAUGUCGAACGCUGGUAACCUCGACUGGACAUGGGUGGACGGGACACGUCUGAGACACUACCGGGCAUGGAACCCGGGUGAGCCAAGGGGUGACAAAGGGGUGGUACUGUGCGUUCAGUACUGGUCUUCAGGACAUACUAGUGGUCCUAUGUGGGACGACACUGAAUGCCCUGGGGAAAAGUGGUUCAUCUGCCAAAUUCGUCCUGCUUGA